GCUGCAUAAACACUUUUAUUGUUCAGCUUGAGCACUAAAUAUGUAUCACUAAUGUCCUCCGAUUGCUGACUAUGUGCCAGUUACCUAUUCUAAUUUUAAUUCCAUGUUGUUUUACCUCUUCAACUUACCGUUCAGUUGCACGCGUCGCGCCCAAGCUUCUUCAUCAUGUCUGGAGGGCUCCCUGUUUUGGAGUUGUCAGAGGAUGAUUUGAGACUUAUGCUUGUUGCCGAUGUUCACGUGGGAGAGGAGAGUGUAAAUUUCCUGAUGUCAAAUUACAUUUAUGGACGUACAAAAGAAGGCAAUUUCAUCAUAAAACCUAACAAGACAUGGGAAAAAAUCUUACUCGCUGCUCGAGCGAUUUGUGCCGUAGACAAUCCUAGUGAUGUUUGCGCAAUUGGUUCUAAACCGUUUUCGCAACGCGCUGUAUUGAAGUUUAGCACAUAUACUCGAUCCAGUGCUGUCGCCGGGCGCUUCACACCUGGGGCGUUUACUAACCAGAAGCAAUCAUGUUUCCGCGAGCCUCGAUUGCUUGUAGUCAGUGACCCGAAAAGUGAUCAUCAGCCAGUCAUGGAGGCCAGCUCUGUGUGCAUUCCGGUCAUCGCCCUGUGCACUACUGAUUCCCCCAUUGAGCGGGUAGAUAUCGUUAUCCCUUGCAACAACAAGUCUGCAAAUUCGAUUGCGGUCGUUUGGUGGUUACUUACUCGCGAAGUCCGCCGCAUGAGAGGUGAAGAUAUUCGUACACAACCUUGGAAUGUCAUGGUCGACCUAUUUCGCUACCGUGACCCAGAGGAGGAACAGCAGGAGUUGGAAGAGACCGAGGAUGCGCGGCUGGAAACUGCUCUCCCAGGAGCUGAUGUGGACGUGGGUGACAAUUUCAUGGCUGAUCCAUCCUUCGUUGGCUUGCCUGAAAUGGGAGUCCCUGGUUCCGGCUUCGGUCCUGUCGGUGUGGCUCCUGGCGUUGGUUGGAGCCAACUGGAUACAGAUCCCACAGAUGCUUGGUAGCUUAAACAUUUGUUAAAUACAAUUUUGAUUGGAACA